ACCAAUCGCGAUCCUAAAACUCCUUACCCAAGAUACGCCCCUCUUUUUAUAUCCUGUAUCAGGAUUAGACGUCACGCCCCUUCGACCUCCUCUAGGGCCAAGGAUCCUUCUUGAAUAAAAUAAUUUCUUCAACUUCAUCUAUAAAUUAUUUAAUCCAUUGCCAAGCGUCAAUGUCUUCAGUUCGUAGAUUCACAAUGGCAGCCAUCUCCAAUUCCUUGUCCCUGAAGCACGGCCUCUCACUUUGGUGUCCUCAAACUGGGUCUCUCAAUCGACCUAACCGUUCUUCUUCAAUCACUUUCAGAUCCUUCUCGAGAUGCUACGCGGCUUUCGCUAAUGAAAAUCGGGAGUAUGUGAUUGUUGGGGGUGGAAAUGCCGCAGGAUAUGCUGCUCGAACUUUCGUCGAGCACGGCAUGGCGGAUGGACGUCUGUGUAUAGUGACUAAAGAGGCAUAUGCGCCUUACGAGCGUCCGGCUUUAACAAAAGGCUACCUAUUCCCGCCAGAUAAGAACCCCGCGCGCCUUCCUGGAUUUCACACUUGUGUUGGAUCCGGUGGUGAGAGGCAGACUCCAGAGUGGUAUGAGGAGAAAGGGAUAGAGAUGUUAUAUCAAGAUCCAGUAAAAAGCAUUGAUACUGAACAGCAAACAUUGACAACGAAUUCUGGAAAACUGCUUAAGUAUGGUUCACUUAUUAUUGCUACAGGAUCUACAGCCUCAAGAUUCCCAGAGAAAAUUGGGGGAAAUCUACCUGGUGUUCAUUACAUCCGUGAUGUUGCUGAUGCUGAUUCACUAGUUUCAUCAUUGGGGAAAGCACGCAAGGUAGUUAUUGUUGGAGGUGGUUAUAUAGGAAUGGAGGUUGCUGCUGCUGCUGUUGGCUGGCAGCUUGACACAACAAUUAUAUUUCCAGAGGAUCAUUUUUUGCAAAGACUGUUCACUCCUUCUCUUGCUCGAAGAUAUGAAGAACUCUACCAGAAGAAUGGUGUCAAAAUCUUAAAGGGUGCUUCUAUAAAAAACUUGGAAGCCGAUUCUAAUGGGCACGUAACUGCUGUGAAACUUGGAGAUGGAUCUACUAUAGAUGCAGAUACAGUUGUUGUGGGCAUUGGAGCAAAACCUGCAGUUAGCCCCUUCGAGAGGCUAGGUCUGAAUAAAGAUGUUGGUGGCAUACAGGUGGAUGGUCAGUUUCGGACAAGUAUUCCUGGAAUCUUUGCCAUUGGUGAUGUAGCAGCUUUCCCACUGAAGAUAUACAAUCGUGUUGCUCGAGUUGAACAUGUGGAUCAUGCUCGUCGCUCUGCACAUCAUUGUGUGAAAUCAUUACUCAGUGCACAAACCCACGCGUAUGAUUAUCUUCCAUACUUCUACUCAAGGGUGUUUGAAUAUGAAGGGAGCUCCAGGAAAGUUUGGUGGCAAUUUUUUGGAGACAAUGUUGGGGAAACAGUUGAAAUUGGGAAUUUCGAUCCUAAAAUUGCUACAUUCUGGAUUGAAUCUGGCAAGCUAAAAGGAGUCCUCCUUGAAAGUGGGAGCCCUGAGGAAUUUCAGCUGCUGCCCAAACUUGCCAGAAGUCAGCCUGUAGUUGAUAAAGCUAAACUUGAAAAGGCAUCUUCAGUGGAGGAGUCCCUAGCCAUUGUUGGGGCAUCCUUGGGUUGAAGCUGCAAUGUUCGUCCAAUUCUGGUGCAACAUCCAUUCUGUAUCCCAUCUUUUACGGCUGAUGCCAGUGAUUAUCAGCCAAUCAUACUGGGGAUCACUCCUUGAGGGAUGUGAUCUUUCAUGCCAAAUAUGUCAUUUGAGGGGACCUGACGCCGUGGGGCAUCUCCGAAAAUCCUUAAUAAUUGAGUCUUCCUGUUUUCAACGUCAUUUUUGUUCUUCAUAGCUGUUGAACGCUUACAGGGACACCAAAUUCCAAAUAAUGUAUAAUUUGCACAGUAUCUGUGAUCAGUUGGGCUCUAAUAUUAUCUAGUUGCCUCAUUAGCUGGGAACUAUUUCACA